UAUUUUUAUAUUAAAAAGAAAAGGGAAAGAAAUCGGGGAAGAGGAGGGUUUCGAAAUUUGUGUGAAUCUUCACGAGACUGUUAUUUUUUCUUUUCUCCGCCUUGCAUCUCCGAUCGAAUCCCUCUCCUUUCGAUCUGUAAUCAUAUUUUUACACACUAGUAAUUGACAGAGUAAUAGAGGUAUAUCCAUUCAAUUGUAGAAGAAAAUCAGAAGAAUUAAGGGAAAUGGAUUUGGACCAGUGGAUAGUGAAGGUGAAAGAAGGUCAGCACUUGUCUGAAGAUGAGCUUCAGCUUCUCUGCGAAUACGUAAAGGAGAUAUUGAUUGAGGAGUCAAAUGUUCAGCCUGUGAAUAGUCCCGUUACAGUAUGUGGGGACAUCCAUGGACAGUUUCAUGAUUUGAUGAAACUCUUCCAGACCGGAGGUCAUGUACCUGAGACAAAUUACAUAUUUAUGGGAGAUUUUGUUGACCGAGGUUACAAUAGCCUAGAAGUUUUCACCAUUCUUUUGCUUCUCAAAGCGAGAUACCCAGCUAACAUUACUCUCCUACGUGGAAAUCAUGAAAGCAGGCAAUUGACUCAGGUCUAUGGAUUUUACGAUGAAUGUCAAAGGAAGUAUGGGAAUGCAAACGCCUGGCGGUAUUGCACAGAUGUUUUUGACUAUCUAACUCUUUCAGCAAUUAUAGAUGGAACGGUACUUUGUGUGCACGGUGGGCUAUCCCCAGACGUUAGAACUGUUGAUCAGAUUCGAGUCAUUGAACGGAACUGUGAAAUCCCCCAUGAAGGGCCUUUCUGUGACCUAAUGUGGAGUGAUCCUGAAGAUAUUGAGACAUGGGCUGUGAGUCCUAGAGGAGCAGGCUGGCUUUUUGGGUCCAGGGUUACUUCUGAGUUCAAUCACAUUAACAAACUUGAUCUAGUUUGCCGAGCCCACCAACUUGUACAAGAAGGUCUGAAGUACAUGUUUCAAGAUAAAGGACUUGUAACUGUGUGGUCUGCUCCAAAUUAUUGUUACCGUUGCGGAAAUGUUGCCUCGAUAUUAAGCUUCAAUGAGAAAAUGGAGAGAGAGGUGAAGUUCUUCACAGAGACUGAGGAGAACAACCAGAUGCGAGGACCCAGGACUGGAGUACCAUAUUUUCUGUGAGUUACAAUUGCUUCCACUCAAAUUUCAGAUAUAAUUUUGGCACCCGUUACCAUGAAGUGCGUCUGGUGGAGAGGACGAGAAAGAAGAAAGUUGAGUGGAGAUAUGUUCACUAGAUUCUAACAUACUAGCCAUGGUUGCCUGCUUCCUUUACAUAGUUUCUUGCUGUGCAUCAAAGAUGAUUUUAUGUUGUGUUUUCAGUAUUUUUCGUAGUUUAGUUCAAUGAUACACCACUCGUAUUGAUUGAUUAUGAACAUUUCUAUUCGUUUUUGUCCUUUUUUUUUUUUUCCGAUGCUGAAGUAUAAAUUAUGUAAACCUGGGUGAAUAUUAGUAUAGAUGGGUUUGAUGUUCAGUUAUUUA